AAUGCCAACCUUCGCGAUGGAAGGCAGAGCGGACCAGCGCUCCUUGCUGGCCUACCUCCCAACCCCGGUGCGACAAGCCUACCUUCGUCGUCCCAGGAGUCGCAGGUCGAAGAUCCUUUUUCUAGCGACAGCUACAGGAGUCCUGAUCUUCUUCUUCAUCGCAUUGGGUUCAAGACAGGUACGUUCGGAAUGACCAUAUCAGGAUGCAGUCUUGCUCUACCUAGUUCACAGACAGAGACAAGCUACUGGGUCAGGCACCCAUCACAUUAUGCUUCAUCACAGCGGCCAGAAGAUUCCUCGAUACUUUCGCCUUCAGCACCGCAAGUGGAUGAAGAUGGGACCCUCCCGAGCAGCUUAAAAAAGUCGAACCCCUCCUUCCAUCUCCUGAUCCCAGCUACGAAACGCAGCUCUAGUCUUUGCAAGACAGUCACUUCGGCUAUGAUUCUGGACUACCCGCCUCCGACGCUCAUCGGGUACGGGAAAGAAUUCUAUGGCCAGUAUCCGGAGCAUGAUGCGACAGCAGCAAGGGUGAGCGGUAUCAAUUCGUACCUCACCAACAGCAAACACCUGAGCGAUAACGAUCUGGUUUUGAUUGUUGACGGCCUCGACGUCUUUUUCCAAUUGCCUCCGGAUAUUCUGAUUCGACGUUUCCACAACUUACUGAAGGAGAAUAACGAAAAGCUGAAAAGGAAAUACGGCGUGGUGGUCGUGCAGAAUCCUGAUACGGGAGAAAUAAAGGAAAUCGUCCAAAAAUAUGAGCAAAGAGUCGUAUUUGGAGCAGGGAAGCUGUGCUUUCCUAACCCUACCCAUGACGUGGCCUGUGUGACUGUGCCUCAGUCCACCCUACCGCCAGAUGCCUAUGGUCUUAAGACGGACACACAUCCGGAUGGGCAUCUGAACCGGCCACGGUAUCUCCAAUCUGGGGCUAUCAUUGGCGAGGUCGCAGAUCUUCGAUUGAUCUAUUCCCAAGUAGAGCAGUCUAUCGGACGCCGCCGAGAUAGAUAUGGUGACCAGUUCGUUCUGGGGCAACUUUUCGGGAAGCAAGAAUAUGUGAGAGAACUGGAGAGAAGGAGAACGAGCAAUCGAUUCAAGGAGUGGAUGUACAAUCAGAUUGGUAUCUCCGAAGCAACGAACCUAACGGGAAUCGAGGUGAACCUCGAGCAGGGACGACGUUACGAAUUUGGAAUCGGAUUAGACUACGAGUCUCGUCUCUUUUGGAACAUGCUGCAGUCUCGCGAUGACGUGGAAUGGAUUACAUACAACAAUCUCACCGAGACGUCCAAAAUACAGCAACGUCAUGGCGUUCCCCGAGAGCGUAUAACGCCCCUACCCUCCGACAUCUACGAACAUGCACCAAAUCCAUUUAUUGCAUAUAAACCGGCUGAAGGGGAAGUCGUCAAACCUCCCUUCAAUGCGACCGUGGAUACUCUUCCCGACCCCAAGAAGCGUUCCUGGGAGAAUAUCCCAUUGAUGACCAACGUCCACUCGCGAGAAAUCCCCGCCAUUGCCCAUCUAAACGGGGAUAAAAAGCUCAGGAAAAUAUGGUGGACGAACAUGUGGUAUCAUCCUUGGGCUCGUGCUCUUCUCCGCAAAUAUAUGCGCGGCCCUCGUGGCCGUGUUGCAGCGUUGUCUUCGCUGUUCGGAGGCCGCGACUGGUGGGAUCUGCGCGGUGGGAGAGGAGGCGUUUGGACCGAUAACGACGAAUGGCUGGAUUACGGGGAGCUAUGCGAAGGAUAUGAAGAGGUGGUCUUCGACGACGAGAAAGGACCUUGGGGUCAGGAGGAUGGAGGGCAACUCGAAAAGCCCGUGUAUAAUCAAUUCGGAAUUCUCAUUGCGGGCAAAGGACCCCCAAAAAUUGACCCGCCACAACCGCCAAACUAAACCCUCGAGAUGUCUGAUACGAUGUCGACAAAACAUUUUCUUCCAUCCCUCUAUUGACGCUCUAUUGCUUCACAUGCAAGGCACGGAUCGAAAGGCCCUGAUCGGGGCUGUCUCAGCUAUUCCUCCCAGCACACGUGCCACACACAUAUAUAUACCCGCAGUCUAUUCACUUCCUCUGGCCUGCAUAAAAUACGACCCACCUUUUUCCUUUCCGGGUGGUAUUCUCUCGCUGUACUAAGUCCCCAG